CGAGUUUCGUCUGCAAAUGUCAGAUUAGCGUCCCUUUAAAAUAAAAGUGCUUUUUACCGCGUAAAAGAAGGAUAAUAAAUAUUUUGACCAAACAGAUAAAAAAAUAUGUCUGUGUACGAUCCGUUACAAAAGCACAAGAGGUUAUGGAACGACCCGAACAACAUUUUGGUGGAAAAUCUCGCGGGAACAAUGAUAAUGCACCAGAAUCUUCUCUUUGUUGAUAGCUGUAAAGCCGUUUUACGACGAGAUUAUAACAAAUUAGACGGAAAGGUCAGAAUUAUUGGUGGUGGUGCUCUGAUUGAUGGGCCUAUGUAUGCUGGCUUUGUCGGGCCAGGAAUGCUUACUGCUGCUGUUCUUGGACUACAUGGCACAACAUCUUCUAUGCCUUCGACAGAUUCAAUAUUUGAAGUUAUAAAUUAUGUUUCAAAAGAUGAACACCAUGGAGUAAAUGGAAUAUUACUUUUGGUACACGACUGUGCAGAGUAUUUCUUAAAUUUUCUACUAGCUAAAACAAAAGCAGAAAGUAAAGGCAUCCCUAUCAAGAUGGUUCUAGUGCGAGACCAAUUAAGUGAGAAACUAAAUCAAAAACCCCUAAGCCCAAGGAGUCCGUCUGGCCUACUGUUUAUUUAUAAAAUUGCUGGAGCAAUGUCGGAAGCUGGAAAGAGUUUAGAUGAAAUAUAUGAGACAUGUGAUGAAAUUAUAAAGAGCGGAGCUAUUUUUAGCAUAGGUGGUUACAUUGGAGACUGCGUGUAUAACGAUGCAUAUAAAAUUGAAAUUAGUAGAGGAGAUAGAUUGUCAGAUCGAGAUAUCAAACGUUUUUCUCUUGCAAAUACAUCAACAAAGAAUAUUGUAGAGACUAUUUUGGAUGAUAUUGUACAUGCAGAUAGUAAUCAGUUGUUUUCUCAGGGCUCUAAACUUGCUUUGCUAUUUGAUUAUUUUGGCGGAUUCAGUCAUUUAGAAGUGAAUAUACUUAUGAAAGAAUUGGUGGAGCAGUUGGAUCAAAAGGAAUUUGAAAUAGAAACAAUUAUUUCUGGAUCAUUUCACACAUCGCUAGAAGUAAAUGGAUUCCACUUGUCUAUAUUGAAUUUGUCUAGCAAUCCACAUUUCAAAAAUUAUUUGAAUGCACCAACUGUUGCUUUCUCUUGGCCUAAAACAAUAGGUAGAGAAAGUCACUGUAUGUCAGAAUCGGACAGUAAAUCACAAAUCAAGGAUUUUAAAGAAAAUAAGACUGUGGACGAUGAUGAAGUAAAAGUCGACCAAGAGAUGGUUUCAUCUACUGAAAUGGGAACGCUUGAAACUGACACACUUUUAACGGCUGUACAAUUUGCUUGCGAGGCACUGAUAGCUUGUGCUGCUAAAAUCGAUAUGCUAGACGAGGCAUCAGUAAACGACAACAUUGAAAAGUGUGGAACAAGACUGGCGAACAUAGCUAGCGCCAUUAAAAACGCGAUACAUAAGAAGCAGUUGGCUGGCUUGAGCCUAUCUAAUAUUAUUUUUCAAAUCGCAAGAAUAUUUGAGCAAUAUGUUCAAGACGAUCAAGCCGAGCUCUAUAGACUUUUUUUUAAUAUAAUUGGACGCUCAAUUGAAGAUCAAAACAAUUUGGAAGCUGGAGAUUGGCUGGACGCUUUCGUCAGAGCAAUAAAUGCAGUUGAUUAUUCUACGCGAGGGACGAAAUUUUCCGAUACACUAUUCGCUGCGAAAGCAGCCUUUUGCGAUGCUUAUGCAGAAAAUGAAGAUGUCAAUGUUAUCGAUGCUCUGGGUCAAGCUGUUUGUGCUGCUCAGAAACAGACUUCUCACGUUAUGCCAGAUUCCGGGCGGAUACCAAAUAAUAUUAACGAAAAUGACUACGGUUUCUGUGGUUUAGCUGGAGCACACGCAAUUGGUGUUUGGAUGAGAGGAGCUUACGAAGGCAUUAAACUCAAAUACUCUUACCACAAGACUCGAGAGAAACGUCCUCGUAUAGACGAUUUCAUUCCCGAAGAUGUCGCAACUGCACUGAAAAUGCCAAAACUGUCUCUCGACCACGACUCUCUCUAAAAGACUGGCUGUUUUCUUUUGAUACUACUCUGGUUUUUAUAGAUAUUUCACAUCUACUGCAUAAGGGAGAUCGAAGUCUUACAUCAAUUUGAUAAUAUCUAGUUGUCUUUGUUUUCUUGAUUUUAGAACGAAAUUGUUAUUUAUAGGAAAAAUUUAUAAUUGUUGAUCAAUUGCAUUAUUUUAUUAGUAAUUUCGCUAAGUAAUGCGCAUCACUGCCACAAUUAUUUGCAUUGCUAUCGCGAGAAAUCGGAUUUUUGUAUUAAAAAUCAGAAUUCGAAGUACUUAAACGUUGCAGAAGGAAUAUUUCAUCGAAGAGAGCGCUGAAAAUUGACACAUUGCGAUCUCCUUUAUUAUCAAUUAACGUUGUUAAAAAAGCAAGAACGCUAACUGAUUUUAACAAGAUUACAAUCACUUUUACACCCUCGAUGUCAAUAACGAACUUUGUGAUUACAUAUCUACACACUGCCAUGACAAGCAAUUUUUAUACGAAUAAAUGGUUUUUAGUAG